CAAAUAGGGAUGCUCUGCCUCUAGGCUCCAGCACCUGCUGAGACGCCAACGCCAGCCGUGAGUGCCCGCUGCUUGGGUCCUGGGUUGGGUGUCCAGCAGCUCGAGUAAGGAUGGCCAGGCCUCUGGAGCAGGCGGUGGCUGCCAUCGUGUGCACCUUCCAGGAACAUUCAGGGCGCUGUGGGGACAAGCACAAGCUCUGCCAGGCGGAGCUCAAGGAGCUGCUGCAGAAGGAGCUGCCCACCUGGACUCCGAUGGUGUUUCGGGAGUGUGACUACAGUAAAUUCAUGAGUCUUCUGGACACCAACAAGGAUUGUGAGGUGGACUUUGUGGAGUACAUGCGCUCACUGGCCUGCCUCUGCACCUACUGCCACGAAUACUUCAAGGACUGUCCUCCGGAACCCCCCUGCCCCCAGUAGCCUCUGCUCCACAGGGUCUCUGCAUUCACCCCUGCCCCCUCCUGGCAUGUCCUGGAUGUGCCCCUGAUCUGUUAACCCAUAUCACCCAUGAGGCAGGGAGACGGAGGGGGCCUCCCCGGGAUCAUAUUAGGGAGGGGCGUCCUACCAGUGGCUCUGGGCUGAGGUGGGCAGAGGCCGGGAUCUGUUCUGAGGCUGUCCCGGCCCAGCACUGAGGAGAUCAUGAUGGGGAAGGGCUGCUUGACUCCUAAUAAAGAGCUGGUGUCACUUGG